GGAAGGAAAUCUUCUUACCUAUUUCAGUGCCUCUUCCAAUGGUGAAUGUGUGACCAAAACCUGAAUGCUCACUAUCUGUUGCAAGUGUUACAUAUGCACAGGAAUAGUCUGGAUCUGUGUGCUGGAAUAUAGUGAGAUAAAUUCCCAAAAACAUAAAGAAUAUCAGGACUGGCUGCAUGAGUAGAGCACAGGCUAAGACCUACAAUAUCUUGGGAAGAGACCACGCCAAUCAUGGGGGAGAAGGAAGAGGAAGCUCAGCAGGAGUCAGGUCCAACCCUCCCUGUCUGGAGGAGGGUCUGCUUUGCCCUUGGAGGACUGCCAUACCAAACUACAGGAAAUGUCAUAGGAUUCUUCAUCCCUGUCUUCCUCCUAGAAGUUGCCAAUCUCAAUCCAUUCUAUGUGUCUGUGAUUGUCCUGACUGGUAAAGCAUGGGAUGCUAUCACGGAUCCUAUAGUGGGCUACCUGGUCAGCAGAACCAAUACAAGGUUUGGCAAGAUGAGACCUUGGCUCAUGAUUGCCCCACCAUUCACUUGUGUCACCUAUUUCUUCCUGUGGUAUGUUCCGGACAUAUCAGAUAGUGGCAAAUUGGGCUAUUACUUCAUCAUAUAUUGUGGCUUCAUGACAUUUGAAUCAUGUGUCCAUGUGCCCUACACAUCUCUGACUAUGUACAUCAGCGACAAGCAAGUGGACAGAGACAGUUGUACAGCGUACAGGAUGAUAGCGGAGGUGACAGGACUUCUGUUCGGUGUCGCCGUCCAAGGUGUGAUGGUGAACCCGUAUCGUGUGUUGUCUAAACCGGCUUAUACACCCAUCACUGAUGAGGAUUACCAAUUAGAGAAAACAUCCUACUUGUUAGCGUCAGCCGUAAUUGUUGGAUUAUAUGUAAUCUGCAUUUAUAUCACUUUCUUCGGGACCAAGGAAAGAAAGGGUGUGAUAGAUGACAUCCCAGAGCCUUUCUUCCAGUCACUAAAGAUGGUGUUCUCCUUCGGACCAUACGUCAAGCUCACUAUGGCCUUCCUCUUCAUAUCACUAGCAACACAGAUUGUCCAAGGAAACCUUGCUCUCUACAUCACACAUUCCCUGAAGCUAGGUUCACAGUUCUCGUACGGAAUAUUUGCUUUAGUGGCAGUUGCCAUCCUUGUGAUGCCGUUAUGGCAGCUCUUGAGCAUUAAGAUUGGGAAGAAAAUAUCCUUUGCAAUUGCGGCUAUUCUGUACGUCCCCGUCCUGUAUAUACAACUCUUUCUACCCCCCAAGAACAUGAUCGGUCUGUAUGGCUGCUUAGUGCUGGCUGGGGCAGUGGUUUCUGCAUCAUUUUUACUUCCAUGGUCGAUGCUUCCUGACGUCCUGGAUGACUUCAUGCUGAAGAAGGGUCACAGGAAAGAUGCUGUUUUCUAUUCUUUCUAUGUGUUCUUCAACAAGUUAUCUGUUGGGGUUUCCCUUGGGAUAUCACAGUUGGCGCUAGGGUUUAAUGGUUAUGAUUCGAAACGACAAGUCCAGCCGGAUUCUGUGGCUAUAACCCUACGGAUGCUGAUCGCCCCAGUCCCUAUAGUAUGCUGUCUGAUAAGCCUCAUCUUUAUCUACCUCUACCCAAUUGAUGAGAAGAGACGACAGGAGAUAAGACAAUCAAUGGAACAGAAAGGUAAAGAAAAAGAAGCGCUAAGGCAUAGCCAGAUUCUUCAAGACACCGGUGUGACAAUAAGAAGUGGAUCAGCACAUGCAAACCCAAGUUUUGCCGAUGAUGAUCUGAAUAUUAGGCUAUAAUUUGAACUAUCCUCUAAUUCAGUGAGUGUUUUUUUAAAAUUAUCAGUGAUAAACAGGGGGCUAGUUCUGUCAGACAAUUUUAUCUUACUACUCAAUUAGUAACUGUGAAAAUUCUUUUGAACUGAAAUCUUGGAAAAUUGUGUCUGGUGUAAAUGUAGCUAUUUUUGGAUGCUUAACCCAGCAGAGCCUGACAACAGAAAGAAGCUCUUGUGUCAGAUGGAUAAUAGAUUUCGCCCAAAACUUGCUUCCAUCAUUCAAAGAGAAACAACUUCAGCAUGUUAGGCCUAUUGUGAAGGCCAAGUGACACAAUUUCAUAUUCAGCAGAACCUCCCUUAGUGGACACUUCUUCAGUCAGGACACCUACUCUAUUCUAAUGGAGGAGGUGUCAAGGAAACUGAUUUGUGUCCUCUGUAAUCAGGUCUACUAGGGACAGCAUGUUUCAGUCCUAAGGGUUUCCCUAGUGUAGAGCUUCUAUUGUACAAUGAAAAAGUGUACAGAACUAGCUGUCUCUGUGCAUCUUGAGAUUUACAAUUUUGUGUAUAUCUUAUAUGCUUUAUCAAGGUUUUGUAUGGUAUUACUUGAUUAAAUGGUGCUUUUUACAACCAAACCAAACUGUUCUAAGAUCAAUCAGGAAUGUUUUGAACAGUUUGCAAAAAUUGCUAUUAAAUGCGAGAAUGUUAUUAUCAUGAUUAUUCUUCACUGAAUGUUAUAUUGUCUGGUAUCAAAUCGUUAUAAAACAUGAAUUUUAACCAAGCUUUUGCAAAACAUUUUAAAUACUUUAUUGAUUUAUUUGAUUCCAAUCGUGCUUUAUCAUGAAUGUAUAUUCUGCUCAGCUAUUAAACUCAGACUUACUUUUGAUUUUGAUAUGGAAUUCACAUUCCAUUCUUUUAUUUAAAGUCAAGACAUUCCAACAAUAGACAGGUGUACUGUUGCAUUCAAUCAAUUCUUCUACAUUUUACAUGUAGCAACUAUUCUGUAAAUUUACAUUAUUAAGAGUAGUCACAGAUGUACAUGUAGUGGGCACUUGAACAAGAUUUCUCAUGUUCAUAUUUAUCACUAUAUAUUCUGUUCAUGUUGUAUGCAUGUUACAAGUAGUGCCUGUAUACAGCGCUGAACAGUUUCAUGAGACAAAAAUAUUCCAAUACAUUAAAAAUGAGGUUGAAUGUUUACUCUGAGUGAACGUACGUAAUGUCGUCCUAGUAAUGACUGACUUUAAAAAGUAGGGUAUCUACUUUUUAAAGUCAGUCAUUACUUUGGGAUACCGUCAGCCCUGUUUUUGUGUAAGAUGAAUUUGGGACAAAAUAGUUAACUUUAUCCAAGAAAUGGUUUCAUUAUUGAGAUAUUCAAUCUUUGCUUUAAAUCAAUGAAUUAGAGUGAAAUCUUAUGAAAUGAUAAUAGCAGUCAAAACAUGUUUGUUGACAACUAUCAAACGGUGCAAAUGAAGCUGUUACCAUGAUAUGUGACCCGUUCAAGCAAAACCAGUCGCAUGUCGCACAUAAGAUGAGCCCAGACGACACCAGUAGAUAAUAGAAGAAAUUGAUGUCGUCAGAUUUCACAAAAUGCAGACAAUAGUGAAAUAAAAAAAACAGUCCAUCUCAACCUGGCACGCUCAGAGCGACAUGCGACUGGUUUUGCUGGAACGGGUCACAUAUUAGCUUUAUGAGCUUUAAACAAAACAGUACAUUUGAGAAAUAAGAGUUUGAGUACAAUCAGUUGUAUUGGCCUGGUUUCGAUUUAUGCCAUAAAAAUAUUUAUUUUGUUAGUUGCUGUGAUAUACAUGUACGUAUCUGUAUAUUUGAAUAAAGCAUUCA